AUGACGACCCCCAACGGCACAAGUUUCAUCCUCCCCUCCGGGGCGCAGGGUCUCGCCAACUACCCGCACGCCCGCACCAUCGCCAGCACAGCCAAGACAAUCUUUGUCUCGGGUAUCUCUAGCCGGCGAGCCGACGGGACCUUUGAAGGCUGUGAGACCAAGCCCGACGGGACGCACGAACUGGAUUGCGGCGUACAGACGGCGGCGGUGCUGCGUAACAUCCAAACCGUCCUCCGGGGCGCUUCCGAGGGCGUCUGCGGCCUUGAAAACGUGGUCGACGCUACUGUGUUCCUGGUGGAUAUCCCGCGCGAUUAUGCCGCCAUGAACGCCGAGUGGAACAAGAUCUGGCCCGACCGCACCAAGGCGCCGUCAAGGACCUGCGUCCAGGUGGCGGCGCUGCCGAACGAGAAGAUCUUGGUUGAGAUCAAAUGCCAGGCAGUGGUGUCGGAAUGGGCAAAGAAUCCGUGGCAGGAAUUGUGA